AUGGUGUCGGCCAUGUCGGGGAGCUUGUUGACGUCGCUGCUGGUGACUCCGUUAGACGUCGUCCGCGUGAGGUUGCAGUCGCAAUCAUCAACGAUUCCCGCCCCGACUGUCGAUUUCUCCAGGCUUAUGCGAACAACCACCAGCCUCACCCCCGUGCAAACCGCUGAACUUGGCGUCACAGCUUGCUGCCGUGAAGUCUUCUUUGCAGGUGGCGCGGUAGACUACUGCCUCGCCGUUCCGAGGAUCGAAGGCAUCACUGCACCGAGCAGCGCCGCCGCCGCCGAUUGUGCGGUUCAAGAAACCCAGAAGAAGACAUAUCACUCGACGAUUGAUGGCCUGCGCAAGAUUGCUCGCAACGAAGGGUUCACAACGCUAUGGAGAGGCCUCUCACCCACCCUCGUCAUGACGAUUCCUGCCAACAUCAUCUACUUCACCGGCUACGAUUGGCUGCGGUUUAACCCUGUGAGCCCGUUUUCUGGCUUCUCGACGGAUUACGCGCCUCUUGUUGCCGGAUCCAUGGCUCGACUUCUUGCGGCGACGGCUGUUAGCCCUAUCGAGCUCAUCCGUACUCGUAUGCAGGCUGCUUCUGGCGCGUCGACGACAAACCAUCUGGUUGAGACUUUCAACGGAAUCCGGUCCAUGGUCGCCGUCCAUGGUUACACUUCGCUAUGGAGGGGGCUGACGCUUACCCUGUGGCGAGAUGUGCCAUUUUCUGGUCUCUACUGGUGGGGAUAUGAGUCAAUCCGAUCUAGAAUAUCGGACAUUCGAGAAGAGCGCCGGGGCAGGCCAUUGACCCGAGACACAAUUGAUGGACUCAAGCGCACGACGGCACGGCGUCGAUCCCAGAGCCGGGAGAACCACACCGAGACUUUUGUCGACAGUUUUGCUGCCGGGGCUACCUCUGGCGCUCUUGCGUCGAUACUGACCAUGCCGUUUGACGUGGGCAAGACACGUACGCAGAUCUUCCACGAUGCACCACGCCGCGGCGCUGGAGGUGCACUGGCGCCUGAGGAACAGAACAUGAUGCGAUUGUUGUUGCACAUCUUCAAGACAGAGGGAUUCCCUGGUCUGUGGCGAGGUUGGAUCCCGCGUACCUUGAAGGUAGCACCGGCCUGUGCCAUCAUGAUCAGCAGUUACGAAGUUGGCAAGCGAGCAUUCCGAAGCGUCAAUGAGCGCUCUAGAGAUGAAGGCUUUUCUAGCGAGGACUGA